GCUGCUGCUGGAGAAUCAGAACGCUCCGAGUCCUCCUAAGAGAAGCAACAGUUGCUCAGCUCAGCUUAAACUUCGUACCGAAGCUAAACUCUAGCUUUCACUCGACGCCGUCAGGAGGAACCGGAUUCAGACUACGCAACGAGAUUAUCUUGAUCAAAUCCGAAGAGGAGACUGCAGUUUAGUAGCAGACACUUUGGAUCCCCAAAUUUGAUACGUGAACACAGAGGUCAAUAUGUUUUCUGGAAUGAUGACUCUGGUUUCUCUCCUGUGCCUGACCUUCUUAGGAUUGGCCACAGCUCAGGAGUGCAGUGGACAGUGCCAGUGCCCUAACGCACCUCCCCAGUGUGCUCCCGGUGUGAGCCUGGUGUUGGAUCCCUGUGGAUGCUGCCGAGUAUGUGCCAAACAGCUGGGUGAGCUGUGUACCGAGCGAGACGUCUGUGAUAUUCACAAAGGCCUGUACUGUGACUACGGCUCCCCGAGCAACCGUCGUAUUGGAGUUUGCACAGCCAGAGAAGGUGCCACCUGUGUAUUCAACGGUAUGGUGUAUCGCAGCGGAGAGUCCUUCCAGAGUAGCUGUAAAUACCAGUGCACGUGUCUGGAUGGUGCCGUUGGUUGUGUGCCCCUUUGCGGGAUGGACAUCAGAUUGCCCAGUCCUGACUGCCCGAUGCCUCGCAGGGUGAAGGUGCCAGGAAAGUGCUGUGAAGAGUGGGUGUGCGAUUCCCCUCAACAAAACACCUUUGUGGGCUCAGCUUUGGCAGCUUUCAGAGAGGAGGAAACAUACGGGCCCGACCUCUCCAUGAUGAGAGAGAACUGCUUGGUCCAGACCACAGAAUGGAGCGCAUGCUCAAAGACGUGUGGCUUGGGAAUCUCUACCCGUGUCACUAAUGACAACCGAGAGUGCCGUCUGGAAAAGCAGUCUCGCCUCUGCAUGGUUCGCCCCUGUGAAUCGCACUUGGAAGAGAAAAUUAGGAAAGGGAAAAAGUGCAUCCGCACCCCUCGUGUCUCCAAGCCCAUGAAGUUUGAGAUUUCUGGCUGCACCACCACCAAGUCCUACAGGCCCAAGUUUUGCGGCGUCUGCACCGAUGGUCGCUGCUGCACCCCCCACAGAACCACCACCCUCCCCAUGGAGUUCAAGUGCCAAGAUGGCCAAGUCAUGAAGAAGCAGAUGAUGUUUAUCAAGACCUGCGCAUGCCACUACAACUGCCCUGGAGAGAACGACAUCUUUGAAUCCAUGUACUACAAGAAGAUGAUCGGUGACAUGGCAUAAGACGACGACAACUACAACUAGUAGUAGAAAACCCAUCCAGAGACUGUCCACUUGAAUCGAACAGAUAUCCAUCUCAUAUCUCAGCACAAAGUAAUUGUUUGUCUUUUAAUGGUUUGUUUCUUUCAUUUUACAUCUUAUUUUUGUGUUUGCGUGUACGUGUACGUGUUUGUAUCUUGUACGUGGACUCAGAUUUAUAUAUGUAUAUUAAUUUUUAUGGUGGAUGUCUAGGGCUACUUUGCCUUGAAGUGCAUAAAGGUUAAGGCUAGUGGGCAGGGCUUAAAAAUGACCGGGCUCUAUUCGGACGCCCCUAAAAACAAUUAAUGCACUAUAGUCCGACUCUGUGACGCCCCGUGUCACUGAUUGGCAGAUGACGCCGAGCCCCUCCCUAAACUGUGGUGGGCGGAUUCAGAAUCUGAGAGCGUAAAGAAUAAGAAGCGUAAUGGACGGCAGCUUUUAACCCCAGAAGCUGAUCGCCUCACCCAGCUGGGAGGAGGAGAAAGAGAUUAGAAAGAAACUGAUGUGCUCUUGUGUUAAGUUCAGUGUUACUAUCAGCUCAGAUUUUGACUGAGCUGAACAGAGACAUAAAAGUUUGGCCAAGAAGUAUGAAGGUUAUAAAAGCACUGAGUGUUUGACUUUGACCGUCUGGCUCUUCCUGUUGGGAGACCGUCAGUACCCCUGUCAAAAAAGACUGGAUGAAUUGUAGCUUCAUUCUUUUUUUAUUACAGUAUCUGUUUUCUGACAGCUGUAAAUAAUGUACAUAUUUUGUACAGCUUAAUUUAAAUCAAAAAGCAUUUGUCUGUUUUUUUCUUGCUUGUUUUAUGAUAGCUUAAUGUGCUGACUUGACUGUUCUUGUUACAGUUUGUUCAAUAUUUUAUUGAGAAGUGUGACCAAAGAGGUUACAUGUUUUCACUUUUGUAGUUUUAAAUAAAAUAUUAUAUUUUUAUAUAAA